CCGUCUGACUUGACCACCUUCAUCCCGAUCACAUAUUUCGAUGCUUUCCGCUAUGCUGGCCCAAGGAGUGAUUUCCUUCCCGCACCUGUCAUCCUUUGUGUUUGGUGUACACCAUGGCUGACGUUACCCAUACCUCCCCGCAGUUGCCCGUGUCACGCCCCUACCGCUCCCACAAAAUCAGAGCUUGUGAUGCUUGUCGAAAAAGGAAAGUGCGAUGCGACGUCUCAUCCAUAGGAGAAGAUUGCCAGUUAUGUCGUGAGCAAGGAAAGCGGUGUCAAUAUUCCGUGGAGGAAAGGCCAACUCGUCGGAGAGGACUGCCGCUGGCAGAGAGAUUUACAAGCGAGCUCGAACACAACAACACCCCUGUAUUGAAGCGAAGACACGCAUUAAUCGAUGAUUCGGAACCCAUCCCAGGUCCAGAUCUCCGAGCCCAGAACUGGGAGAGGUCUCAUUCACGUACUGAUGAGGAUGCGAACGGUGCCUCGAACAGAUCGAACAAUGGAAGGCAAUCGUUGCACAUUGUCGGACCCGCAGUCUCAUCGGAUGCUCAUGUCUUGGAGCAAUACAUGUCCCCUGGCUCGCCGGAAGGGAGAACGAGCGACAACCCAUAUAGCGUCUACUUCUCAGAUCCCUCAAAGCCGAUUCUUUACAAGAAGGUGCCAAGAGGGAGAGUCGGCUUAUCAAUAAAUGAUAAUGCCGGUGUAAAGCAAAGAGAAAUAUUUGAGCAGAUAUUCUACCCAAACGGAGCUCAGAUUCGCCAGCUAUACCUCGCCAAGAUCCACCCCGCCUUUCCCAUUCUCGAUGAGAAGUUGCUCACCGAGCCUUCAACAAGCCAGAGCAAAGGAGCUGCAGCGUUGCUGUGCGAUGUCUACGCCAGCUCACUUGUAUAUUGGAACCAAUCACCAAUUUCAUCAGGCAGAUCUCGGCCAGACCAGCGUUAUGCUUGGAACCUUGCAGUCCAAGCCUUGGCGGACGACUUCCUGGGCCCUGACCUAUCAACACUUCAAGCUCAAGUUGUGGAGCUAAAUGGCCGACCCGUAUACUCAAUCAUCGGAAACACAGUUGGUAACGGGCGAGCGGUAGCUUUGUCGUACAGCUUAGGAGUAAACAGAAAUCCGAGUCAGUGGAACAUUCCCCAGCAGGAAAAAGGGCUGCGUAUUAGACUUUGGUGGGGUGUCUUGAUUCACGAUCGAUGGGGUAGUUUUGCUCAUGGGACCCCAUCGAAUAUAAGCUCCAGGCAUUAUGAUGUGCCAAUUCCAACCUUGGAAAUGUUGCUACCCGAAAGCUCUGUUUCAAUGGAUCAUCGGAGGUCUUCUGAGAGUUUCAUUGCCUUGUGUAAAUUGACCGAGAUUUUGGGGCAAGCACUACCUCUCGUAUACGACCUCGAGGGGAAUUCCCCAAAAGAUACAUCGAAAGUCAUACGACGGAUAGAAGUGGAUUUAGACAAAUGGGAGGACUCUCUGCCAGACUAUUUGUCGAGCAUUUCGAGUCGAGCAGGUGUCUCAGGGUCAAGCAGUCUCCACAUCUGUUAUUUAUCUCUCAAGAUGUUGAUCUGCCGAAUCUCACUGCAUGCCAUUUCCCAGCAGGGAUCAACCGAAGCAAUUGAAGCAUAUCGAUUUCGGCAAGUUGAGUCCAGAAAUGCAGCACAAGCAAUAGUUGACUUCAUUACCUCACUGAAGACUUUCCACCUCGCCGAAUUCUGGCUUCCUUACACCACUUACUACCUCACAUCGACAAUUACCUUGUUGCUGCGCUUUGCCGUGGAGACAACCGAAGACUUAGUUGCUGAAAUCUGCGUCUCCAGCGUGAAAAUGUUCACAUCAUGGCUGCGACAUGCUAGAGAAGUGAACGACUGGGACCUAGCGGAAGACUGCCUGAACAAUUGUGAAGGUAUCAUAGCUAGGCUGACUGAAAACGGCCGACGUCCUCAACAGAAAGCUGUGUCAGAUAUACCUCCUAUAAAUCUCUUUGGCACGGAGCCACCGAAUGAUUGGUUAGAUGCCACGUUACCUGUCUCUUACGGCCCAAUGGAUGGAUCUGGGCAAGUCCGAGAUUUGUGGGAUAUGUUCGGCUUCGAUGAGCAGUUUCCUGUAUGAAUCUGAAAACACAAGCUGGAAUGGACAAUCGAUCGAUGCAGGAGCAGGCCAUCCAAAGUAUCCAAAACUCUGCCGUGGCCAUGAUGCAAUGCCACAAAAUCCGGUACGACUCUUAAACAAGUGCAAUACUAAAGCCCAAGCAUGGAGGUCUCGUCUUACUCAAUCGUGCCGGAGCCCGGGCAAUCUUAUCACCCAGCCAGAUCUGGCUUAAUUUCUUUCAACAAGAUAUAACCCAAUAAGCAGAUUCCAGCAUCUUUUCUAGCUGGGCAGAGUUGUACGGCGGAGGUAUCUGGUCUAACCCCAUCCACCUCCUGCAAGAACUAACAUUACCUAACAUGCCAAUGCAUCACUGUCUGCUAGAUAUACAAGAUACCAAAGAAGGAAUGAGACACAACUGCUGGAACAUCCAUCUGCUCUGCGAGCCAGUGGGUGUUCUGGGGACUUUAGCAGCGUGAAACAGAGCGGGAGGCGGGUGUGAACCAGACGUAUAACCUAUGGACGGACGUUAUUCUCAUAGAUCACUUCGAAAUAAAGGCUUCAAACUUUUGCUGUGUUGAACGGAUUUUUUCUUUUGCUUUCUGCCAUGUUGAUUUUUGGCGAGAUGUGUUUUUGUGGGGCUUCGUUAUGGUUUAGCGAGGCGCGUGAGGUUGAAAUGUUCCUACAGUCACGAGAGGGCGUUCGCCAGGCCACCCAAGGCCAUGAAAUCGCCACAUUAUAAGUGCCAAGCUAGUAUAUGGAAGUAAUCUCAAAUAGUCUCAGACAGAGAAACACCUAAGAUCGGUGCUCAAUUGAGAGGAAUUCGAGAGGAGUAGAGUGAAAAGCUUCUUAAGCACUACCGCACAUGCGAAGCUCUCUCUCGCUCUGUGUAGUUCUCAUUCCAUUCCUGCGAAAAUUAUACUUCACCUCGAGAAUUUCGGGUUCCUCAAAUCAUGA